AUGGCAGUGGCUUCCAAUUCCUCAACCCAGAAGAAGCGUUGCACUGUCACCGCUCUCGUCUUCGUCACCCUCUUUCUCUUCACCAUCCUCCUCUUCAGCAAACGAGCUCUUGAGCCUUCUCUCUCUCUCUACAAAAAUCCCUUUCCCCAAAUCCCCUCUUCUUCUUCUUCUUCUUCUUCUUCUUCUUCCUCGCUUCCAAAUUCCAACCUCUCCCUGCCCAACUCCACAUCUACCGAAAGAGUAGCAGUGGACCCACCUUCUUCUUCAGGCAGUAAUUACCAACUGCCCUUGCUCCAUUCUAUCUCUUCACAGCCAGUGGACCCACCAACCCAACAACCCGUUUCAUCCAAUUCACAAACGGAAGAGCCAACGGAGUUCAAUGAUGAAACUGAGCAAGACCCAGGUCGUGAAAAUGAAAACCCAUUUGGUGAAAUGGGUGAAACAGGGUGUGAUUUGUAUCUGGGGACUUGGGUGAAGGAUGAGCAUUACCCGCUUUAUAAACCCAGUUCUUGCCCUUAUGUUGAUGAAGCUUUUGAUUGCCAAAGCAAUGGGAGGAGUGACUCUGAGUAUCUCAAAUGGCGGUGGAAGCCUGAGGGCUGUGAUCUUCCAAGGUUUAAUGCAACAGACUUCUUGGUGAGACUACGUGGUAAAAGAUUGAUGCUGGUAGGAGAUUCCAUGAACCGGAACCAGUUUGAGUCAAUCCUUUGCCUCCUCCGCGAAGGCUUGCAUAAUAAGAGCAGAAUGCAUGAAAUUCACGGCCACAAAAUAACUAAGGGAAGAGGCUACUAUGUUUUCAAAUUUGAGGACUAUGACUGUACAGUGGAAUUUGUGAGGUCACAUUUCCUUGUAAAGGAAGGAGUCCGCAUUAAUGCUCAAGGGAGUUCAAAUCCAACUCUUUCGAUAGAUCAAAUUGAUAAGACAGCUAAACGUUGGAAAAGAGCUGACAUUCUUGUCUUUAAUACCGGCCAUUGGUGGACUCAUGGAAAGACUGCUCGUGGGAAAAACUACUAUAAAGAGGGAGAUUAUAUUUAUCCAAAGUUUGAUGCAUCGGAGGCCUAUAGAAGGGCUCUGAGGACCUGGGCUAGCUGGAUUGAUCGUAAUGUUAAUCCAUCAAAGCAGUUGAUCUUCUAUCGUGGGUACUCUUCUGCCCAUUUCAGAGGAGGAGAUUGGGAUUCAGGUGGAUCAUGCAAUGGGGAAAAAGAACCAGUCUUAAGUGGGGCCAUACUUGAUAACUAUCCUUUGAAAAUGAAGAUAGUGGAUGAAGUAAUCAAAGAAAUGCGGGUUCCUGUGAAACUUUUGAAUGUGACAAGGUUGACCAAUUUCCGCAAGGAUGGCCAUCCAUCAAUCUACGGAAAGAAUGCAACUGCUGGCAAAAAAGUUUCCACAAGGAAGCAAGACUGUAGCCAUUGGUGCCUUCCUGGGGUCCCUGAUGCCUGGAAUGAGCUUAUCUAUGCCACCUUGGUUAUUCAGCAGACCAAAUCAAAGAGUAAAAAUUCAUAG